UACCAGGCCUACUUUUUUGUGUCUACUCCAUCACACGAAGCGGUUCGUUGGAGAAGACAUGGAAUACGAUUAUAUGUUCAAGUUGAUGGUCAUCGGAGACUUAGACGUAGGAAAAUCGAGUUUGAUAAGGCGAUUAACGGAAAAUACUUUCGAGGAGUCGCAUGAAGAAAAACUUGGAGUGGCUGUUCACUCUUACCUGGUCAACGUUGAGGCCAUGCCCAUCAACCUCCAAAUUUGGAAUUUGGAGAUUCAGCGUCCAGAUUUCAAAAUGACAAUCAUGCUCGUGGGAAACAAGUGUGACCUUGAAAACAAGAGGGCUGUCACCAAAGAAGAAGCUGAACAACUUGCACAGCAGAAUGGCCUCUUAUUUGUGGAGACAUCUGCUGCCACAGCUCAAAAUGUUGCGGAGGCUUUCAAGAGGACUACUGCAAAUAUCCUUCAGAAAUUGCAGGGUGGCGUUAUUCACGUGCCUCAUGCGUGUAUUUUUCGGCCCAUGGAACAAAAAUGUAGCAGGUGCAGGGAAGAGCAAGCAAGUAUUGAGAAGGAGAGAGAUGCAAUUUUCGAAAAGGCUCUUGACAUCGCCAUAUUUGACCGGUUACGUGAACGUGAAAUGGCUCCUCCGGCCCUUACUCGAUAGUUGAAUAUCGUUAAUUAUUACUACAUCCCAUAUCUUUGUCAUUUAAUUGAACUGAACCCCUGCCGGGUCGAAGCUUUCCUCUCUUCUGGACGUGCAUGGAAAAAAUAUUAACAUUAGUU